AUGGCAGCUCCAAAUAUUCGACGACAAGAGCCAGGGCCGACCGUGCCACUGCGGAUAAUGGCGCUGGGUGCCUCCGUGACAUUCGGCACUGGAUCUUCAACUGGAAAUAGUUAUCGCAAAGACUUGCAGGACUUACUCGUCUCUAAAGGCAUGAAUGCCACCUACGUCGGCACAAGGGCUAAUGGCAACUUCCCCGACAAUGCCGUCGAGGCAACAGGUGGCUUCAAAAUCGACCAGAUCGCUGCCUCGGCCGACCUGGCCGUUCCUAUGCUCAAACCAAACCUCGUAUUAGUCGACGCUGGCACGAACAAUUGCAACAAAGGUGGAGAGGUACCGGACGCAGGAGCCAAUGUCACAACCAUGAUCAACAAGAUUUACCAACAGAGUCCCGGAGCUACUGUGAUUCUUACAUCAAUUCUUGCCAACAAAGUCCCUGAACAAGACGCAUGCCGAGUCAAAAUCAACGACCAGUACGCAACCUUAGCAACACAGCUCCAGCAAUCCGGCGCCAAGUUUGCGAUGGUUGAUAUGCGCAGCGCAGAUGCCCCAACUCUCGAUGAUCUUGCUGACACGAGGCAUCCAAAUGAUGGAGGAUACGUUAAAAUGGCGAAUGUCUGGCUCAAAGGAAUCCAGGACGUCAUGUCCAGGGGAUUCAUAACUCUACCAUCUUGA